GCAAAACAUUCUAGCCCCAGUAGCAGGGCCAGAAGCUCUCGAUUCAAAUCAGGAUCACGAUACGAGGCGGUGUUACACAGCUGAAGAGAGGCGGACAUUUAUUAGCUCAAUGACACAAGUCUUGGCUCCAGAGAUUAACCUCUGAUGCCAUUCAUGCCAACACCCAAUCACGAGCAAGAUCAAAAGUUCGGAGAUGUCUACAAAUUGGCAACAAGUGCGGCCACUCUACGUCAAGGGCUCUAAAACUGUGGCAGAGAGGAAGAACAGUUUUAGAGAGGAUGCCCAGCUGGUAAGAACUGACUGUUUAUGAUGCUCUAAUGACUUGAAGACUCUCAUUGGCUGAAAGGAAGAAAUGCCCCGCCUCUUUGCAAAUCUGAGCGAAGAGGGGGAAGUGUCUCAACUUCUAUGUCUGAUGGCAUUUGACCCUAUUGCUUUCAGCCUCCCUGGCUACAUACCUAGAUAUUCUCAGGUGUAUAUGUAUAUUUUAUAGAAUUGCUCCCCAUCUGUUGGUACCAAAGAGAGGUGAAGGAAAUGAAUUUUGAAACUUCACGGUGUUCCACCCUACAGUACUGCCCCGACCCUUACUUCCAGCGUUUCGUAGAAACCCCAGCUCAUUUCUCUUGGAAAGAAAGUUAUUACCGAUCCGCCAUGUCACAGAGCUCCCAAACAAGUGAGUUGUUCAGCCCGGAAGUGUUCCAGCAUAUUUGGGAUUUUCUGGAACAGCCCAUAUGUUCAGUACAGCCCAUCGACUUGAACUUUGUGGAAGAACCAUCAGAAAAUGGUGCAACAAACAAGAUUGAGAUUAGCAUGGAUUGUAUUCGCAUGCAAGACUCAGACCUCACUGACCCCAUGUGGCCACAGUACACGAACCUGGGGCUCCUGAACAGCAUGGACCAGCAGAUUCAGAAUGGCUCGUCAUCUACCAGCCCCUACAACACAGACCACGCACAAAACAGCGUGACGGCGCCCUCGCCCUACGCACAGCCCAGCUCCACCUUCGAUGCCCUCUCUCCAUCCCCUGCCAUCCCUUCCAACACAGACUACCCAGGCCCACACAGCUUCGAUGUGUCCUUCCAGCAGUCAAGCACCGCCAAGUCGGCCACCUGGACGUAUUCCACGGAACUGAAGAAGCUGUACUGUCAAAUUGCAAAGACGUGCCCCAUCCAGAUCAAGGUGAUGACGCCACCCCCACAGGGCGCUGUCAUCCGUGCCAUGCCUGUCUACAAGAAAGCCGAGCAUGUCACUGAGGUCGUGAAACGGUGCCCUAACCAUGAACUGAGCCGCGAGUUCAACGAGGGACAGAUUGCCCCUCCUAGUCACUUGAUUCGAGUAGAAGGGAACAGCCAUGCCCAGUAUGUGGAAGAUCCUAUCACAGGAAGGCAGAGUGUGCUGGUCCCUUAUGAGCCACCCCAGGUUGGCACCGAGUUCACCACAGUCCUGUACAAUUUCAUGUGCAACAGCAGCUGUGUCGGAGGAAUGAACCGCCGUCCAAUUUUAAUCAUUGUUACUUUGGAAACAAGAGAUGGGCAAGUUCUGGGCCGACGGUGCUUCGAGGCCCGGAUCUGCGCUUGCCCCGGAAGAGACAGGAAAGCCGAUGAAGACAGCAUCCGAAAACAGCAAGUUUCGGACAGCGCAAAGAACGGUGAUGGUACGAAGCGCCCUUUUCGCCAGAAUACACACGGCAUCCAGAUGACUUCCAUCAAGAAACGAAGAUCCCCAGAUGAUGAACUGCUGUACCUACCAGUGAGAGGCCGUGAGACUUACGAAAUGCUACUGAAGAUCAAGGAGUCCCUGGAGCUCAUGCAGUACCUCCCGCAGCACACGAUCGAAACGUACAGGCAGCAGCAGCAGCAGCAGCACCAGCACUUACUCCAGAAACAGACCUCGAUGCAGUCUCAGUCUUCCUACGGUAACAGCUCCCCACCUCUGAGCAAAAUGAACAGCAUGAACAAGCUGCCUUCCGUGAGCCAGCUUAUCAACCCACAGCAGCGCAACGCCCUCACCCCCACCACCCUGCCUGAGGGCAUGGGAGCCAACAUUCCUAUGAUGGGCACUCACAUGCCAAUGGCUGGAGACAUGAAUGGACUCAGCCCCACCCAAGCCCUCCCUCCCCCACUCUCCAUGCCAUCCACCUCCCACUGCACUCCCCCACCUCCGUACCCCACAGAUUGCAGCAUUGUCAGUUUCUUAGCAAGGUUGGGCUGUUCAUCAUGUCUGGACUAUUUCACGACCCAGGGGCUGACCACCAUCUAUCAGAUUGAGCAUUACUCCAUGGAUGAUUUGGCAAGUCUGAAGAUCCCUGAGCAGUUCCGGCAUGCCAUCUGGAAGGGUAUCCUAGACCACAGGCAGCUGCAUGACUUCUCUUCACCCCCGCAUCUCCUGAGGACCCCAAGCGGUGCUUCGACAGUCAGUGUGGGCUCCAGUGAGACCCGCGGUGAACGCGUGAUUGAUGCCGUGCGGUUUACCCUCCGCCAGACCAUCUCUUUCCCACCCCGCGACGAGUGGAAUGACUUCAACUUCGACAUGGAUUCCCGUCGCAGCAACAAACAGCAGCGCAUCAAAGAGGAAGGGGAAUGAGCGCCCACUGCAGGGCUUGUCCUGUGUUUUCCCACCUCCCAGCCCCUGCAGGGCACACUUGCUUGAUCUUCAAAGCAUUCUUGCUAGCGCUUCUCCUUUUUCUUCUCAGUCUAGUUUCCAAAGGGACUGAGAAGAGGCUACCUGUUGCCGAAAGUCUGACCUGUCACCUAAUUCUGAUUCUGGCUUUAAGCCUUCAAAACUCUUGCUUGCGGGAUGAGUUGUCCUUGCUACAUAGAAGUUAGCAAAGAAGCAGCGGGUCUCUUUAAGCAGCAGAGAACUCUCAUUGACUUUUAUAAAGCAUUUUCAGCCUUAUAGUCUAAGACUAUAUAUAUAAAUAUAUAUAAAUAUAUAAAUAUACAAUAUAUAUUUUGGGUGGGGGUAUUGAGUAUUGUUUAAAUGUAAUUUAAUGGAAAUUGAGUUGCACUUAUCAACUUUGGAAAUUUGCUUGUUUGGAUGAUUGAUCUGUCUCCCUUUAACAGGGGUAUCAUGUAUGGUGGCAGAUAUGUAGAGUUGAGUGGUCUAUGUGAAUAACAGUGAUGUAUAGGUCCUCUCAGUUCUUUGGAUGUUGAGCAUUGAGCACAUCAAACCUGUGGAUGCAUCCAGUGUGUUUACCAUUGCUUACUAUGAGGUAAAGCUGUAUAUAUGUACACAGUUUCUCUGUCAGAAUAUUUCAUGUUACCGGUGUCCAUUCCAGUCGGACUGGUUCUCUCGGUGGCUAUUACAAGCAAACUUUCAUGUUUGCUUUUGUCACACACUAUAGGAAAGAACAACCUCUCUUGCUUUUGUUUGAGAAUGAGGAAAACAGUUUUUUGAUUUUUUUUUUCCUGGAAAUUCUUAAAUGGUCCAAGUCAGCUAUUCCAAACUUCUGAUGGGACAUAGGCAAGUAUAACAGUGGCCCCUUGACAUUUAAGGCCCAAGGGGCUAAUAUUUAGCAGGAAAAUAUCUGCUACCAUUGGAAUAGCCUUGAAACUAAAUUUCACGACUGGAUUGACCAAGUAAAAUACAUAUUCACCGCUUUUGUAAGAAUUUAGGCCAAUUAGUCAGGAUGAGUGGAAUUUGUCUGGUUUUUACAGGGAGUUGUAAUAUCUAUUACGAAUAUUCUGGAAAAGCAAACCUGACUCAAAUUCUGAAUCUCCGCUAAAAAAAAAAAGAUGUCCCAUCCAACUGUGAAUUUAAGUUCCUCUUGAAGCGUGGAGCAAUGCUUGGGAAACAGACCUUUAAAACCCUUUCCUGUCCACAAAACACUGUGUACAGAGGCGGGUUUGCCUCUCUUCAAGGUCUGGAAUGGGAGCAGAGGCUUAACUAGAAACCGAGGAGUGCAGUGUUCACGUGACAGGAGCUGCAUUGCCAAUGCUUUCCUCUUGAUCCUCAAAGCAGGUGUCAAGAUCUAGUUUUCCACCCAGCCCGUUCCAGGCUGUGUAGACAUAGAGAUGUCCACAAGUCAAGGAAGACACUCUUCACUGAAGCUUUUUAAACCGCAUCACAAAGACUUGUCUUACACUUUAUGUCAGCGUGCAAGAGUCAGUGUUCCUCCUAGACGUUUUGGAAGCAUUUUGGCACAGAUAUAUAAAUAUAUAUAUAUAUAUCUUCCCAGUGGAAAGCAUGUGUUGUGUAUAUGCUAGUGAGCUCCACAGUCCUGCCACGUGUUUUGAUAAAAGGUUGUCAUUCACUGCACGUGACAUCCCAUUGGUAUUUGGAAGUGCAAAUGGGCGAAUGUGCCUCUGAAAUGUAACGUAUGGCUUUCCCCAGAAAAUCUUCCAUUGUGUGUGUGCGUGUGUGAAAUUGCAUACCGUGCGGGCUUUGUUUGUUUGGGUUUUCUCUUUGGGGAUGGUUGGGUUUUCCAGAACCACAGCUGAAACUUCUGUUGAAGACAUGAUAUCUUAAUUGUAAGAUGGGGGGAAGGGAAAUUUGUUUUUUAAUUUUUUUAAUUUUGUAUGUUAAAGAGAAUGAGUCCUUAAUUUCAACGGUUUGCUGUGUUUAAAUGAUGAGAAACAUUAUUGAUUUCUGUGACAAGUUCACAGCUUUGCAAAUUCACUUAGUUGGAGAAUGAAGCUGUGCCUUGGCCAGGUCCGGAAGACAAAUGACUUCCCGGGUGUUGUGCGUAUUGGGGCUGUUUUAGCACUGUUAAGGUGGCACUGGGGACUCUGAGGCAUUUCAGCACUAUUUAGGUGGCACUAGGGACUCGAAGUUUCUGUACUGUACCCUGUGAUUUUGGCAUUCGUCAUGAGCCACAGGUAGGCACAGUUCCUCUCCUCGCACCGCUGUUAAAAGGGUGUGAGCAGCCAGGGCUGCAGGGAAAAGCAUGGAGAGCAGACAUCCGCUCAGUGCCUCUCACUGGAGAGUGGGAUUCCUUUGCUUGGCGAUGAAGUCAACAGCAUAGAAAGCAGGAUGCUCUUUAUUAACCCUUUUAGCUUUUGUUUUCUUGACUUUUCCCCCCAAGUACGUAUGUGGGAUGUUGACUAUGAAAGAUAUGUGGGUUUUUUAUUUUUAUAAUUGUACAAAAUUAAGCAAAUGUCAAAUGUUUUAUAUACUUUAUAAUGUUUUUUUUCAAAAGGUACUUUCUUAUAGACAUGAUACUUUUUUUUACAGCUUCAGUUGCUUGUCUUUUGGUAUUUUUGUGUUAUGGGCUUUGGUGAGCCAGAGGCAAAUCUAUAAGCCACUUUUGUUUGCCAGGACAUGCAAUAAAAUUUAAAAAUA